AAUUAGUGAUAUCCGUGACAAACGUGAUAACCGGCGUAAAACUAAAUUUGUAUUUAAUAAUCCUUAUUUCUUAUAAUAAUAUAAAGCUUACGUUUUCAGACAUAAUAACUACAUUAUGAAGCAUUUAAAGUUUAUAUCUAGGACAGUUCUAGUGCGCAAUGGGAAUGUUGAUGAAGCUUGUCGUAUCUUAAACCGCAUCAUGGGCUCUGAAGGAUUUCUGGAUCAAUAUAGACGAACUCGUUAUUAUGAAAAACCCACUCAAAUGAGAAGACGCGUCAACUUCGAAAAAUGCAAAGCCAUUUACAAUGAAGACAUGGAUAGAAAAAUAAAAUUUGUUCUGCGCAAAAAUCGACCAGAACCGUUUCCUGGAUGUUACUAAACUAGUAAUGUAAUCAAAAAUUCAAUGAAAAAUGUAUAGUUUGAAAUAAUAGUUAUGAUACCAAUAAAGAUGUCUUGAUAUUAUUUACCAACACUU